CAUUUAUUACUGGGCAAGGAAUCCUCAUGGCAGAACUGUUUUCCUGCAGGUGUGUUGUUUUAUUGCAUCUUGCCCACGAAGCGGCACUUUCGAUGUUCACAGAUUGCCUUGGAACACGGUGCAGAUGUCAACAAUAUCACCUACGAAGGGAAGCCAGUGUUCCUCAGAGCUUGCGAGGAAGCACACGAUGUGAAGGACAUGUGCCUGACAUUUUUGGAGAAAGGAGCCAAUCCUAAUUCUAUCAACACAUCCACAGGGCGCACGGCUUUGAUGGAGUCAUCAAGAGAAGGGGUGCUGGAAAUAGUUCGAGGCAUACUGGAGAGAGGAGGUGAAGUGAAUACAUUCGACAACGAUAGACACAACGCUGCUCAUUUUGCUGCCAAAGGAGGCUUUUUUGAUAUACUGAAGCUCCUCUUCGCAUACAGUGGAGAAAUGGGGUUAAUAGGAAUGGACGGGAACACACCACUUCAUUUUGCUGCUAUGGGUGGCUUUGCAGAUUGCUGUAAAUACAUAGCUCAGCGAGGAUGUGACUUGAAAUGGAAAAAUUUGGAACAUAAAACACCCCGAAUGGUGGCGAAAGAUGGAGGCUUCAAAGCCGCUAGCAAGGAAAUUCGUCGAGCAGAGCGGACUGCAGCUAAACUCGCUAAGCCAGGAGUAAAAAAUCCUAACCCACUCUGGGCCCUCAGGCUGCACGACUGGUCCAUAGAGCACGAGUCUUCCCUUCGGGAGGCCUUUAGCUUCGUGGACAGGGGCGAUGGGGUGGUCAGCAAAGAUGACUUCGUGCUGGCCCUGGAGGAGAGACAAGAGUUUGCCACCCCAGAGCAGUUGCUUUCUGUUGCUCAAAUGCACGAAAAAAGCCGAGGAGGUGGGGUGAACAUUAACGAAUUCUUUAAGGGAACCAGAUACUUAAGCAAGUCUUUUGUCUUGGGAUCUUUUGGGCCUAAGAAAAAGAAAAAAGGGUUGGGCAAAAAGCCAAGGAAAGGCAAGUUUGUUUUGCCUCUCCCCAUUUGUACCAUCCCUGAGAAUGCCUUUCCGCGGCGGCCAGAUGGGGGCCCACCUUACUACAUGGUUGAGACCUACCAGAAUGCCACCGACACCAACAGGUUCAACCGGGACCACCCGCCUGAGCACCCCAUCCAGGACGAUUCCGAAUGGUACAUCGAUGAUCCGAAUAGGGUCUUUGCAAAUAUUAAUUUUAUCACCAAAGCAGGAGACCUGGCCUCUCUGAAAAAGGCCUUCGAAGCAGGAAUACCUGUGGAUAUGAAGGACAACACUUACAAGACUCCCCUCAUGACAGCGUGUGCCACCGGCAACAUUGAUGUGGUCAAGUUUCUUCUCGAAAAGGGGGCAAAUGUUAAUGCAACAGACAAUUUCCUGUGGACUCCUCUUCAUUUCGCGUGCCAUGCUGGUCAGCAAGACAUUGUCGAGCUUCUUGUUCAAUCUGGAGCUGUAAUAGAUGCCGCAUCAAUCAACAACUCCACUCCGCUAAGCAGAGCCAUUGAGAGCUGUCGACUGGACACUGUAAAAUACCUACUUGAUAACGGCGCCAAAUUCCAGACGGAAAACAGAAAAGAAACACAAACCUUUGACAACUGGUGGAGAAGUAUCUCUGGUCCCUGGCCGUUUUCAGUCAUUGGUUUGCAGGCUCGGCUCUUUACGUUUGCAGUCUUUAGGGCUGAUGUCUUUGUAGAGUGA